AACAAACACCAAAUAUGGCCAAAUAAUAUUCCCUUGGCAUCUUCUCUCUAAUUCACUUUUUCUGUUCUAUAUAUAUCUCUCUAUCUCUCUACCCAAAACACAAACACACACACGUAGCCCCCUCCCUGUCUCCCUUUUUCUCUUGUCCCUUUCGAACCUCAAGAAAACCAAAAAACACUAACAAAUGGCCGGAAUCGUCGUGGUUUUUGAUUUUGACAAGACCAUUAUCGACGUGGACAGCGACAACUGGGUUGUGGAUGGGUUGGGUUUCACUGAUCGCUUCAACCAACUCCUCCCCACCAUGCCAUGGAACUCUGUCAUGGACAAGAUGAUGAAUGAGAUGCACGAGAAGGGGAAGAAGAUGGAGGACAUUGAAGAGGUUCUCAAACGGACGCCGAUCCAUCCCCGGAUUGUUCCUGCCAUCAAAUCAGCUUAUGCUUUAGGGUGUGAGUUGAGAAUAGUGAGCGAUGCGAACCUGUUCUACAUAGAAACGAUCUUGAAACACCACGCCAUUGGCGAAUGCUUCUCGGAGAUCUACACAAACCCGGGGUUUGUUGACGAGGAAGGCCGGCUAAGAAUCCGCCCUUACCAUGAUUUCCACUCUUCUCCCCACGGCUGCAACAAUGUCUGCCCACCCAACAUGUGCAAGGGUAAGAUUAUAGAGAGGAUUCAAGGGUCCUUGGCUAAGGAAGGGAAGAAAAGAAUGAUUUACCUUGGUGACGGGGCGGGUGAUUUCUGCCCGAGCCUGAAGCUGAAAGAGGUAGACUUUGUGAUGCCAAGGAAAGAUUUCCCAGUGUGGAAAUUGAUAACCGAAAACCGGAUGGCCUUGAAGGCUGAGAUUCAUGAAUGGAGUGACGGUGAAGAGCUCGAGUGCGUUCUGCUUAAUCUCAUUGACAAGAUCUGCACAGAAGAAGAGAGCCAGUUGUUACCGGCGGCUCAAUCCAAGUUUCAGACGGUUUCAAUCAAGACUCACAAGGCCAUGCCAAAAGCUAUCCCGGUUCCCUUUUAGUGCAGGCCGGCUAAUUAAAGUUGCUUUGUUUUCUGUUGAAUCUAUUGCUAUCCCUGUUUCCUUUUACUGCAGGCCAGGCAAAUUAAGGUUGCUUUGUUUUUCUGUUGAAACUAUUGCGUCAUGUAGCCUACUAGCUCAUUCUGAUGGACCAAUAUGUUGUAGCCAUGCUUUAGUUACUGAACUGAAACAAGAAAGAGGCCAGUACUCACCUGAGCCCUAUUUUUAUGAUUAACAUGCAA